UCGCAACCUGCGAAAGGUUUAGGAGGUCCGCCCAAUGCCAUUCUAUCCCAGCAAGGUCAAUGCGGGCUGAGGUCGAGCUGGGACUGUGCUUUGAUGCUUUGAGACAAUCAAGAAACAAUGCCACUUUACGACAAUCUUUGACUUGCCGUGGCCCGCACGGGAUCGAUCGUUACUCCGUUCUACUUCCCAUUGUAGUCAACGACUCAACUCAGUUGUUGGAAGCAAAACAAGCGUACAUCGGGAAACCCACAAAUGUAUUUAACCGUGGUGCCUCUUUUGUUCGUUCAUUUCUCCUCUUCACUUCCGUCCUGUGGACCCCAUUCUCGUCUUCUCUGCGCCUCCCUUCGCUUUGGUCGAUUUGCUUCACUCGUUAUUUACAGCCUAGCCUUAAGUUUGCCUUGAUUACUUCCUUUUCUUCUACGUCUUCUGUUCGCCAUCAUGCUUGCAUCGGCUCUCUUGUUCUUGAUUGCUAUUUUUGCUUCUUUUUCUCCUGUCUACGCGGGUCUCAGCGAACGCAUACAUCAAGUUGUUCCUCAGCGCCGCCAUCAUCACCGCAAUUUGUAUGGACACCCAUAUAAGCGCUCUUCUGUGCCACCUGGUCCUUGCGGCCCCAAGAAGGGCAAAAACGAGACUAGAAUUGUCACUCCUACCACUUCUUCCACUGCUCCCAAGUCCACUCCAUCCAAACCUGCCGACAAUACCACCGACACUUACCAGGGUCAUAUCGCCGCACAAAAGAACCCCAAGAAUGGCGGUACUUACAAGCUUAUCGAUAUGUAUAAUGGCAAUAAUUUCUUUGACGGUUUUGAUUUCUUCAACCUCCGUGAUCCUACUCAUGGUCUCGUCAAUUACCUUGGCCGUACGGACGCCAUGAAGAAGCGCCUUGCGUAUGUUGAUAAUGGUGUUGUGGUAAUGAAGGUCGACGAUACCACUCCUGGCCACAAGCUGCGACAUGGGAAGCGUGACAGUGUUCGCAUCGCCACUAAGAAGCGGUAUGGUGGAGGUUUGUUUGUUCUGGACAUUGGUUCCAUGCCAUAUGGUGACUCGGUUUGGCCUGCAUUUUGGACCGUCGGCAAGGGUUGGCCGCACAAUGGCGAGAUCGACAUUAUCGAAGGUGCGAACCUGGCCACCCGAAAUCAAUACACGCUUCAUACCGGUCCCGGAUGCGCCAUUGAUACGUCCCCCUCUGUCCUUUCUGAGGCUCUCAUCGGGAACGUGGGCAAUAAACAAUGUGGUUCCACGAAAGACAGUAAUGAGGGGUGUGCUUUCCGCGAUUCGGAGGAUACCUCAUACGGGACAGGACUCAAAAAUGCCGGGGGAGGUGUCUUUGCCAUGCUCUGGGACUCUCAUGCCAUCCGGAUUUGGCGAUUCACACCAGAUAACGUGCCGAGCGACUUGAAAAGCCAAACGCCCAAUCCAAACUCGUGGGACAAAAAGUUCCUCAGAGCUCAUUGGGCUUCGUCGACAUGCGAUAUUCAGAAGCAUUUCAAGGGUCAUGCGAUCACGUUCAAUAUCGCGCUCUGUGGCGAUCUGGCAGAUGCGGCGCAUAAGGGUGGGGGUGCUGCUUGUGCCGCUGUAGUGAGGGAUCCGGGCAACUUGAAGAAUGCGGUUUGGAAGAUUAACAGUUUGCAAGUUUAUCAGUGAUUAAUCUUCC